GUCCCCCCUGGGCUCGGAAUGGAGGAGUCCGCCCCCCCCGGUGACCCACCAGCCGCGGGGCCGUGAGGACGGAGCGCGGCGGCCGCCGGUCCCAAGGGGAGCGCAAUGGCCGGACGUCCCGUCCGUACCUUGCCUCGGCCUCCGUCCGCCUCCUCCCCGCAGGCGCUUCCCCGUGCAGUGCCCCGGCCCCAGCGGCCUCCAACCAGGAAGCGCCCUGGUGUGUGACACCUACUCACUGCAACUAUGGAAACCCCCGCUCCCGCGCCGCCCCAUAGGGCGAGCCCGCCGCCGCAGCCAUCUUGGGCUCACAACGAGGCUGAGGGGGACCGACUGUCGCCACACAGGGCGACCCCGCGGCUGCCGCCAUCUUGGGCUCACAACGAGGCUGAGGGGCCAGGUGCUGCCCUGUGCGGGAGCAGGUGGUUCUCCCUCAGUGCAGAGGGAGGUCUGGGCCUGGCUGGAGUCAGACACGUUAUCUUGAAUAACCCUAAGAAAAGAAAUGCUCUGUCACUGUCUAUGCUGAAGUGUCUCCGCGAUGAUAUUUUGCAUGAUAUCGAAAGCCAGGCUCUCAGAGUCAUCAUCAUUUCAGCAGAAGGACCUGUAUUUUCCGCUGGCCAUGAUUUAAAGGAAUUGUCUAGUGAACAGGACACGAAGCACCAUAUUGAAGUAUUUGAGACCUGUGCUGAGGUCAUGACUCUGCUCCAAAAACUCCCCGUACCAGUGAUUGCCAAGGUAAAUGGCUUGGCUACGGCAGCAGGCUGCCAGCUGGUGGCGAGCUGUGACAUUGCAGUAGCGAGUGAGAAAUCCAGGUUUGCUACACCUGGAGUCAACAUCGGGCUGUUCUGUUCCACACCAGCUGUGGCCGUGGGAAGAUCCCUUUCUAGAAAGGUUGCAUUAGAGAUGCUGUUCACAGGAGAGCCUAUUUCUGCCCAUGAUGCAUUACUGCAUGGACUUCUCAGCAGGGUGGUACCAGAAGACAAACUGGAAGAGGAGACCAUGAAAAUUGCACGCAAGAUAUGUGAAACCAGCCGAUCUGUUGUGGCACUGGGGAAAGCCACCUUUUACAAACAGAUGGCACUGGACCUUGAUGCUGCCUACAGAAUGACCUCCCAGGUCAUGGUGGACAAUCUGACCUUGAAAGAUGGACAGGAAGGAAUAGAGGCCUUUAUUCAGAAACGCAAGCCUACCUGGUCACAUAGCGUGAACACAGCUUGCAAAUGAGUACGCUCAGGCUUAGCUAACUCACACCAGUGUCUUCUCUGUGAAAGUCCCAGGGACUGUAUUUUUGGUGUUGCUGAAAACUGUAUUUCACUUCUGUAUUGUGUAGCCCUUAUGAGAGUGAUGGCCACUGGCAAUGGUGAUGAGGAAAGUAUGUUCAGCUCGAACUAUGGGCAGGUCCUCGGAUGGUGUAAAUUGGCAUAGCACUGGUAAAAGUCACUGGAACUAUGUUGGUUUACACCAGCUGAGGAUCUGGUCUUCUGCCAUUAAGAGGCAACAAUAUUGCACAGCUAUUGGAUGGUGUGUCCAGGGUUCAGCAGGGAGAGUGCCUCUACACAAAGAUACUUUGUUCCUAACAGUGAAGUUCUAUGCUACUUUGUUUGCUUCCCCAGGUUUUGCAUAGUUAAUUAAUGCAGUUGCUAAAUCUCAUGGCUUUCUUUCUUCCAAAUGUUGGGAUGGAGAAUGCUAUCCCCACUCUCCUUUUUUCCCCAUCUGUAAAUAUUUGGCAAUGUUUGCCCCAUUUACCAUAUACAUCGAUUUGCUAAAUUUACUAUAUUUAGCUCUCCUUUUCCCCUUAUAGUUUAUAGUUCAUUUAUAUCAGGAGCGUGAUUUUCCAUGCAUAAUGCAUUUUCCAAUAGCUAUAUGUGGUAAUUUCUUUUAGGUCUUUCUUUUCUCUUCAUUCUUUUGUACACAGUUCAAUCCUGUUGACAUGAGGCAUUUUUGGGUUCUCCCUCCCACCCACAUGUUGUCCACUGAAUUCCCAGCAUUCUGCAUAUAUUUGUUUAGGGUUUUCAUCUUCCCUGUUUCCUAUAACUUUUGCCCAAACGCUUUAGUUCAAUAACGUCAAUCUUAACGCUAAAGGCACUUCACCAGCAGCUAUCUGUAUUAUACACAAUAGUGUUGUGAUGAAGGCACCACAUGUAAUGCAUAAUGUAUGAACUUGGAUUGCACCUAGCUUUCUUUAGAUUGUUUGCGAUGCUGAAAUAAAUACUUGGCAUUGGUACUCA